CGAGGCCGCGCCUCCGAGGCGCCGCUCCGGGCCGGUCAGGCUCUGCGGAGAGGAUGCAGCGGCCCGGGCCGGGCCCCGCGGAGGCGGGCGACGGCGGCGGCGGGGCGCGGCGGGGCGGUAGCCCCGAGGCGCCGGGGGGCCCCGAGCCGGACGGGCCGCGCUGCGACCGCGAGAGGGCGCGCUGCCUGCGGGAGGCGGUGUCCGCGGCCCUGCCCGUGGGCAAGAAGGAAGUGGAGAGCAUGAUCCAGAAGAACCAGUGUCUCUUCACCAACACCCAGUGUAAGGUCUGCUGCGCCUUGCUCAUCUCGGAGUCCCAGAAGCUGGCGCACUACCAGAGUAAAAAACAUGCAAACAAAGUGAAACGCUACCUCAUCAUCCACGGCAUGGAGACUUUGAAGGGGGACGCGAAGAAGCUGGAUUCCGAUCAGGGCGCCGGCGGCAGAGACCAGAGCCAGUGCUGCCCGCUGUGCAGUGCCACCUUCUCCUCGCCGGCCGUGGCCCGCUCGCACUACCUGGGGAAGACCCACGCCAAGAACUUGAAGCUGAAGCAGCCGCCCGCCAAGGGGGAAGCUCUGUCCAGGCGUCUUGCCGCCCCUCCCCUCGGGGCCUCCCCCUCCCAGGAGGCUCCGGCCCCCGACCAGUUCUGCAGCGUCUGCCACGCAGCCUUCAACGACCCGGCCAUGGCGCAGCAGCACUACCAGGGCAAGAAGCACCGGAAGCAGGAGACCAAGCUCAGGCUCAUGGCCCACUACGGGCGGCUGGCCGGGCCCGUCGCCACCGGCUCCCUGGCCGGGAAGGGUUACCCCUGCAAGACCUGUAAGAUCGUGCUCAACUCCAUCGAGCAGUACCAGGCUCAUGUCAGCGGCUUCAAACACAAGAGCCAGUCCCCCAAAACAGCGACUGCGCCCCCAAGCCAGAGCCCCACACAGGAGCAACCCCUGGAGAGAGACUUGGCGGCUUUGGAAGACCAGAGGCUGGGCCCGGCCUCGCAGGGGGGCAGCGGAGAGAGCCAGGUGGCCGAGACAGGGGGCCACCUCGGUGCCUUUCAGCCCGGAGCGCCAGGCUGGGCCAAGGCCUCCAACAGAUCUUGCACCCCGACCCCCGGGCCUCCGCAGGGCGCCGGUGCGACCCAGGACCUGGCGGGGCCGCCCAGGAGCACGCCCUGGAGCCCUCAGGCCGUGUCCGCCCCGUCCAGCCAGGACCCCGUUGCGGCCCCUGCAGAGCUGAGCCCGCCCAGUGCCCUGGGAGUCACCAGCCAAGCCUGGGGUGUCCACACUGAGCCGGGGGCGCCCACACCGAGCCUGGGCAGGACAGGACAAGUGGCAGCGGCCGCCAAGUGACCUCGUGGAGCUCCUAGCACCACCCCCAUCCCACCCCCACACCCCCCCUCCAAAAAUAAUAGCUUUCCUGAGCCUGGAAGCACACAGGCCGAUCUGAAGCUGCCUCGGGGUGGGGGCAGGGGGGCAGACCCCCCCACCCGGCCUGCCCAUGGCUGUUCCUGUCCUGGGGAGCUCGGGCAGCCGUGGGGUGCCUGUGUCCCCCUUUCCCGGGGUCUCGGGGAACAUUCUGGAUGGGCAGCUCCGUCCGGCCAUCCACCCUCUGACUUCUGCCCCGGUGCAGGUGCUGUGGGGGGGCCCAGAAGAGUCAGUGGCCCCAAGCCAGGAGGCGUCUUGCCUCCGAGCAACUGGUGCAGGGUCCUGUCCCGCCCCCACACGCGGGGCCUCCUGACGGGGUCAGGGAGCCUGUCCCCCGCUCCCGACGCCGCCAGGCCCAUGAAUUGCCUUUCCGUAUGAGUGGUAGUAGCACGCACCCGGCCUUCGCUCUCGAGGCCACUACAGCAGCAAAAUAAAAAAAUUUUCUCGUCUUAA